AUGGCCAAGAAACUGGCAAUGGACCUCGCCGCAGCAGAUGGUUUGGACAAUGAAAAGCGAGCACAGCUCCUCGGAGUUAUUGAUCAGCUCCGCGAGCUGGGAAUCAGCGAGAAUGUCUCUCUUCCUCAGCUCGUUGUGGUUGGUGAUCAAUCAAGCGGUAAAUCAUCCGUUCUGGAGGGCCUCACUGGUCUUUCAUUUCCUGUAGCCAGUGAUCUCUGCACAAGAUUUGCUACCCAGAUCGUUAUGCAACGAGUGCUCGCGGGAAAUGCAGGAGCAAGAAUCACAAUCAUUCCAGGACCAACUUCGCGACUGGAUGAGCUAUUGAAUCAGCGUCUACUUGGGUUUGAAAGAAGCCUUGCGGCCAUGGAUUUCGGUUGUCAGGAAUUCAAGGAUAUCUUUGAUGAGGUCAGUUUCAUGAUUGAAAUGCGAAAACGAAUUCUUAGAUUUGGGCAGGCCGCUAGCUGUAUGGGUAUUCCCGUAUCCAAAACCACCGAUCUUGAAAAGUUCGACAAAAGGUUCUCUAACGACAUCCUUAAGAUUGAGCUUUCGGGGCCGAAUCAUCGGCACCUCAGUGUUGUGGAUGUGCCAGGCUUAUUUCACAAUGCGACAAAAUUCCAAACUGAAGAAGACCGGGCAAUCAUACGUAAACUGAUCGAAAACUUUAUUACCGAUGGGCGUACCAUCAUUUUAGCUGUCAUGGAUGCUAGAAACAACCUGGCCAAUCAGGAACUGUUCUCUAUGGCACGUGCCGCAGAUCCAGCCGGAAAGCGAACAGUCGGAAUCAUUACCAAAUGUGAUGCCCUCCAGGAAGGGGAUGAAGCUGGGGUGCUGCGCAUCGCAAAGAACCAAGUUGAAAAGCUCACACAUGGCUGGUUUGUAGUACGAAACCGCUCCACCAAGGAAAUCAAUGAGGGCGUGACUAUCGAGGGACGUCACCAGGUCGAAAAGGAUUUCUUCGCCCAAAACCAUCCCUGGAACAAACUACAAGAAGAUAGGGUUGGAAUUGACGCUCUCAAGUGCUUUCUGGGUCACCUCCUCUACGAUCAUAUCCGCUCUGAAUUUCCGGCUGUUAUCAAAGAUAUCGAGAACUUGUCACGACAGACAGAAAAAGACUUGGAACUUCUAGGUUUCUCCCGUCAAACAGCCACAGACCAGAGACGGUUCCUGAUGCGCCUCAUAAAUGCGUAUCAAUCACAAGUUCACAAUGCACUGGGUGGAAGAUACGACGAAAAUUUAGACACGCAGAGCCCACUCAAGCUUCGAAUGCUUGUGCGCAAAUACAAUGACUAUUUUGCACUGCUAAUGUCGCGCAAGGGACAUGCGAAGAUAUUUCGUACAGUCGAUGGAAAGAUUGAUUCCGACUUCAAGCGACAAGAAGGAGAGAAGGAGAAUAUCUAUGAUUGGAUUCGAUGUUACUAUGUCGACUCUCGAGGGCCGGAGCUCCCAGGUGUCGUCAACCCGGUCGUGAUAGAGAACAUGUUUCGUCAACAGUCCAGCCCUUGGGAAUCGAUCGGACAGACUUAUAUCAACACUAUUGUGAAGGUAGUCCACGAUUUCAAUGAUCAUGUUCUAGCAUUGAUUGCGCCUGAAGACGAAGUGAGAACAAAACUCCAAGCACUUCUCCUGCAGCAGAAACAGAGAACUCAACAUGAAGCGCUCAACAAGCUUCAGCAGAUCCUCAAGGAUGAGAGAGGUGGUGUCUUGCAGACUGUGAACCAUUAUUAUGCGGACACCCUUUCGUCUACCCGCCGAGAACGAGUCCUGGCGAGACUCGAAAGUCUUGGUUUUGUUGAAGGGGAUCCUUUCGAUAGGGAGAAGGUUAUGAAAAGUGUUCAUCUGAGCAAUGAUGAUCAAGCAGUCUACGAUAUCCACGACAUGCUGAAAGCUUACUACAAAGUAGCCAUCAAGCGGUUCACUGACAACGUCGUCAUCCAAAUCACAGAAAGGCACAUAUUAGGUGCAGAAGGACCUGUGAAAUCCCUGUCGCCGGACUUGAUAAGCGAUCUUAGCGAGGUACAGUUGGCCGAACUUGCAGGCGAGAAUUUUAUGACGGCAAGCAUAAGGAAUGAUUUGAUAGCCAAAGCCGAGCGCUUCCAGGAGGCUUUGAAGAUUGCUAGGGUGGUAGCCGUUUGA